AUGGAAGGACAAGAAACGAUAGGCGACAAGCAAUGGUAGAAAAUAAAAACUCGUUUGAUUAACUUUUAUGGCAGAUGCUAACAAUAAGUGCUAAGGAAGUUUGAAAGUCUGUUUACAUUUAGGAGAAUUUUUUAAUCGUUAUUGCAGUGUUUUAAUUAUAAUUGAAAGUCCUCCAAAUUUAGUUAGUGUUCAUGAUUUGUCAACGACAUUCAGAGUGCAUUAAUUAAGACCAUAGUGAUUGUGGAAGUUCUAAAUUGAAAAUGAGCAAGUAUAAAGACAGUUCUGGAGCAGGAAUAAUUCCAAACAGAUGGCUGCAUUGUCCUCGAAAAGCAUCUGAUUUAAUUGUUAAUAAAUUUAUAGCUUUUAAAACUCCUUUAAGUAGCAGAUAUGAUGAUCAAGUGCCAGCAGAGUGCAGGUUCCCCCCUAAAAUGCUGUUUGAUCUUUGUAGAGCAAAAAGGAUAAAAAUAGGUUUAUGGAUAGACUUAACAAACACAAAGAGGUUUUACAACAAACAAGAAGUAGAAGAACAUGAUUGCAGAUAUUUAAAAAUGCAGUGUCGUGGUCAUGGUGAAACACCUUCUGAAGAGCAAACUGCUUUCUUUAUAAAAAUGGUGCACAACUUUAUUUUACAAAAGCCUUUAGAAUGUAUUGCAGUUCAUUGCACUCAUGGAUUUAACAGAACUGGGUUUUUAAUAGUAUCUUAUUUAGUAGAAAAAAUGGAUUUAGGAGUAGAAGUUGCUCUGGAAAUGUUUGCCAAUGUUAGACCUCCCGGAAUUUAUAAGGAAGAUUAUAUUAGGGAAUUAUAUAGACGCUAUGAGGAUGAUAAUGCACCACCUGCACCUCCACUUCCUGAUUGGUAUUUUGAUGACAAUGAGGCAGGAAAUUCUUCUGAUUCACAAUCAUACAGAAAUGAAGAAUCACCUGAAUCUUCAAAUAGCUCCAACUGUGAUAAACAAAGUAAUAAUUUAAGAAGAAAUAGAAGAAAUAUGAAGGCUCCUAUUUUUAUGAAGGGGGUACCUGGUGUUAUUCCAUUUCUAGAACAACCAAAAGCAUCUCAACUUCAAGAUAAAGUUCAAGUCAUGUGUGAAUGGAAAGGUAAUGGUUUUCCUGGUUGUCAACCAGUAUCCAUGAGUGUUGAGAAUAUAAAUUUGUUACACCAAAAACCAUAUAGAGUUUCUUGGAAAGCAGAUGGAACUAGAUACAUGCUGUUAAUACAUAAGGAAAAUGAAAUAUAUUUCUUUGAUAGAGAUCAUAAUGUAUUUAAAGUUACAGGCCUAACUUUUCCACAUAAAAAAAAUUUAAAUAUACACCUAAAGGAUACCUUGUUAGAUGGUGAAAUGGUAAUUGACAAAGUUGAUGGUCAGGACAUACCCAGAUAUUUAGCAUAUGAUAUAGUGAAAUUUGAAGGGAAAGAUGUUGGAAAAAUGGCUUUUUCCACUGUCAGAAUGGAAUGCAUUCAAAAGGAAAUAAUUAAUCCACGUAUUGCUGCAAUGGAAAAGGGUCUAAUAAAUAAGGCUUCUGAACCAUUUAGUGUGAGAAAGAAAGAAUUUUGGCAUAUAACUCAAGCUGCUAGUCUGUUAGGAGAAAAAUUUGCAAAAAAUUUAUCCCAUGAGCCUGAUGGUUUAAUUUUUCAACCAGCAAAAGAACCAUAUGUGGCUGGUAGAUGUGAUGAAGUACUUAAAUGGAAACCUCAAGAUUUGAAUUCAGUUGACUUUAGACUGAGAAUAGUGGAAGAAAGUGGCGCAGGAAUUGUACCAAGAAAAGUAUGCCAACUUUAUGUAGGUCAAUUAAAUGCGCCAUUUAGUACAAUGAAAUACACAAAGCAAUUAAAAGAUCUGGAUGGGAAAAUUGUUGAAUGUAAAUAUGAAAAUGACCAAUGGAAGUUCAUGAGAGAAAGAACUGAUAAGUCUUUUCCGAACAGCUAUACUACUGCAAUGGCUGUAUAUCAUAGUAUUCGCAAUCCCGUUACAAAGGAGAAAUUGUUAGAUUUUAUCGAACGAUAUAGGUUUGAUGAUGACUGUGAUCUAAUGCCUCCACCACCUAAGCGAAUUUGCAGGUAGAAUAAACAUGAAACUCGCGAUGAAUAAAAAAAUUAUUUAUUAAACACUGAGACUACUUGAACAUUAUUUUGUAUCGAAAAUGUCAGUAAUAAUAAAGAUAAUGUGCAUUA